AUGGCUCUUCUGCAUGGUAUUUUAUUGUUUACCAUUUUAAAUAUCGUUUCAUCAAGAUCAAUAUUAACCGGUGAUCCAAUAUUUGGUCAACCAGAACAAAUUCAUAUAUCUUAUGGGCGUGAUCCAACGCUUAUGAUAGUUACCUGGGUAACCUUAAAUCAAAUCAAUGAAUCCGUUGUUGAAUAUGGACAAUAUGAUAUGUUCGAUCUACGUGCUACAGGUAACGUUAGUAUAUUUCAAGAUAGUGGAAGCGAAAAACGACGUGAAUACAUUCAUCGUGUUGUUUUAAAUAAUCUUAAACCUGGUCAACGAUACUUUUAUCAUUGUGGUAGUGAUGACUUCGGUUGGUCACCUUUAUUUUGGUUUACAGCAAUGCGUAAUGAUUCUGAUUUUGUUGUUCGCACGGCUGUUUAUGGUGAUAUGGGCAGAGAUAAUGCUCAAUCAUUGCCCCGCCUACAAGAAGAAACUCAAUCAGGUCAUUUUGAUCUUAUCUUACAUGUUGGUGAUAUGGCAUAUAAUAUGGAUAUUGAUAAUGCUCGUGUUGGUGAUGAUUAUAUGAAUGCUAUUGAAUCUAUUGCUGCUUAUAUUCCAUAUAUGACUUGCCCAGGAAAUCAUGAAUAUGCUUACAACUUUUCACAAUAUGUUGCUAAAUUCAGUAUGCCAUCAUCCAUUGGUACAUACGGUGGUGAUUCAAAUCAUUUUUAUAGUUUCAAUGUUGGUCCUGCACAUAUUAUUGGAUUUUCAACUGAAUUUUAUUAUUAUACUGAAUUUGGUUUUGAUCAAAUUGUUAAUCAAUAUCAAUGGCUUGAACAAGAUUUGAAAGAAGCAAAUACACCUAAAAAUCGUGCACAACAACCAUGGAUUAUUACUAUGGGACACAAACCAAUGUAUUGCACUAAUAGUGAUGAUACUGACUGUAUUAAUGACGGUGGUUAUACUAUCAUACGUACUGGUCUUCCAUUUAUUGAAGCAUAUGGUCUUGAAAAUUUAUUUGCUCAAUAUGGUGUAGAUCUCGAAUUUUGGGCACAUGAACAUAGUUAUGAACGUUUAUGGCCUGUUUAUAAUGGAACCGUUUAUAAUGGAACAAAAGGUGCUUAUAUUGACCCUGAUGCUCCUGUACAUAUUACAACAGGAUCAGCCGGGUGUGACGAACGUCAUGAUCCAUUUGGUAUUCGUCGACCGUGGUCUGCAUUUCGAAAUAAUGAUUAUGGUUAUACGCGAAUGAAUAUUUACAAUGCUUCACACAUUUACUUGGAACAAGUAUCAGACGAUCAGCAUGGAAAAGUAGUUGAUGAUAUGUGGUUAAUUAAAUCUAAACAUGGUCCUUAUUCAUAUUUUGAAUGA